AUGAUGGUCACUAGUGCUUUUUCGUGCACCGCAAGUGCUGUAUUAGGCGGUUGUGGACUAUUGUUAAUUUGUCUGUGGUCUGUGAUUUUCGAUAAUUUUUUGACGUUGCGCAACAACUCCCUUAUUUACCGAUACUGGAAAAAUGAACCAUUAGACAUUCACGCGGAUUUUUAUUUUUUCAACUGGACAAACCCGGAAGAUUUUUACGAUUUGUCUGUUAAACCGAAAUUUGAAGAAGUAGGACCUUACUCCUUUCUGCAAAAAAUCGAAAAAACGAAUAUAACUUGGAACGACAACGACACAGUAACUUUUCAACAAAAAAAAUUUUGGAUUUUUCAGAAGCAGAAAGGGGGUGUUCAUCUCAAGGAUCCCAUAGUCACCUUGAAUCCUAUUCCUUUAAUCACUUCGUACUUACUAAGAGAUUGGAAUUACUACACGAGAAGGGUUAUUUCCAUGACCUUAUCCACAUUUUUUGGUGAACACCAUAUGACACAAACUGUGGAAAGUUUACUGUUCAAAGGUUACUAUGAACCAUUAAUGAAAAUUGCUGCAGCGACUCCCAUGUUGUCCCAGUACGAUUUGCCAAAUUGGGAAGGUUUUGGUUAUUUCUACGAUGUAACUACUGAAAAAGGAAAAAACGCAGACUUCGGUUACAUUCACUUCUGGAACUACCAAAAUAAAUCAAGGUACUUCGACGAUGCUUGUGGCGAUGUCCGUGGUUCAGCUGAAUACUACUUUCCAAAAAACUUAAAAAAGAACAUUUUGAAAUAUUUUAUGCCGGAUAUGGCAGGAAGUACAAAUUUAACGUUUGAAAAAGAAGAAAGUGUUAGCAGUAUAUUAGGUUACAAGUAUGUAAUUGGGGAAAAAACCCUCGACAACGGAACAAAUUACCCAGAAAAUAGAUGCCUUUGUAGCGGCGAAUGUGUACCUUCUGGUACCAUCAAUAUGACAAGAUUAAGGCACAGUCUUCCCGUGUUUGUAUCACUGCCUCACUUUUAUAAAGCCGAUCCUUACUAUAUUAAUUUAGUAGACGGUUUAGAACCUAAUAAAAGCAAACACGACUUUUAUGUGAUAGUUGAACCAACGACUGGUAUACCACUGAAGGGAAACAUGGCUUUGCAAGCUAAUUUGCUAGUUCAACCAGUUUCUGGUCUAACGGGGAAAAAGAAACGAAGAACGACGACAGAGGCUCAAAUUGCCCUUCUGGCGAGUCCGCAGGGCCAAGGUGUCAUCGGUCUUCAUUCCCCAAAACCCCCUGGGUUGGGUCCCGGCUAUCACGAAACCGUGAGCGUUAAAAACCCGCGAUCGCCCCCUGAAGCUAUACAAAACCCGCGGACUUGUGCAGGUGACGCGAUUAAUCCCGUCAGUUUGAGAAGGAGUCGCGCGCCCCACGUACACUACGAGUUAUGUGUUAUUUACCUCCAAUUCUAUUUAGAUGUUCAAUCUCUAUGA